AUGUUUAUGGAUGAGCUGGAGGAGCAGACCUGUGCAAACUUAACGAAGCUCAAGAAGGCCAAGUGCAAUGUCCUGCAGGGCCCCCUUGAGCGCGGCCGUGCGGCGGCUGCAGUGUCGCGGCGGCGCCUCCGGGUGUCGCUGUUGGCCGCCGCCGAGCGCCGCUGGAGCCGCCGCCGCCGCAGCGUCCUGCCCCCGCAGGCUGCUCGCUCGCCCGGCGCCGGCCGCAGCGGCAGCGGCACCGACAGCAGCAGCGGCGGCGGCGAGAGGCGGCCCGAGCGGUCUGGGUGGCUUUCAGCGGGCAGCGGCAGGAGGCAGGAGCGCGGCGAGCGCAGCGGGCAGAGAAUGGCGGUGAGGCGGCGGCAGAGGCUUGGGCCGGGCGGCGGGCGAGCGCUGCCGGCCGCGCUGCUGCUGCUGCUGCUGUGCGUGUGGUGCCGGGCGGCGGCCGAGCGGGUCCGCUACGCCAUCGCCGAGGAGCUGGGCAGAGGCUCGCUCGUGGGGCCGCUGGCGCGGGACCUGGGGCUCAGCGCGGACGAGCUGCCGGCGCGCAAGCUGCGGCUGAGCGAGGAGAAGCAAUACUUCACGGUGAAUGAGGAGAACGGGAACCUAUACGUGAACGAGAGGCUGGACCGGGAGGAGAUGUGCGGCGAGUCGGCGACCUGCUCUGUCAGCUUCGAGGCGCUGGUGCACAACCCUCUGAACAUUUUCCACGUCGAGGUGUCCAUUGAGGACGUGAAUGACAAUUCCCCGACCUUCAGCAAUGCUGUUCUGGACCUCGAGAUCGGUGAAUUAAUCCCUCCCGGUGCUCGGUUUCCGCUGGAGACGGCCCACGAUGCAGACGUAGGUAGCAAUUCGCUGCUGACUUACCACCUCACCAGUAACCCGUCGUUCUCCCUGGCCAUGAAGGACAGCCAGGACGGAAGCAAGCUGGAAUUAGUUCUGGAGAAGGCAUUGGACCGAGAGAAGGAGAGCUCUUUUGAGCUGUUGCUGACUGCAGUUGAUGCCGGGGAUCCCGCGAGAUCCGGGACUGUCCAGAUUCGGGUCAACGUGACGGACGCCAAUGACAAUGCACCCGUAUUCGCACAGGACCGGUACCACGUGAGCCUACAAGAGGACACGCCACCAGGUUCAGCAGUGUUGAACGUGUCAGCCUCAGACGCCGACGCCGGCAACAAUGCCCGCAUCAGCUACAGCUUCGGGAAAAUGCCGAACAAGGUACUUCAAAAGUUUGUGGUCGAUGCAGAGAGCGGGUCUAUCACACUGCAGGAGGCUUUGGACUUUGAGGACACGCGUAUGUUUAGCUUGGCUGUGGAGGCGAAGGAUGGAGGGGGUUUGGUGGCACAUUCCAAGGUGGAGGUGGAAGUGCUGGACGUGAAUGACAACGCGCCCGAGAUCACGUUACUCUCAGUGUCGAGCCCCGUGCCAGAGGAUGCCCCGAUUGGCACCGUGGUGGCCCUGCUGAAAGUGCGGGACAGAGACUCGGGAGAGAACGGUCAGGUGUCGUGCGAGCUGUCGGGAGAGGCUCCGCUGUCGAUCGUGGCGUCGUCGGGCGGCUCGUACAAGGUGGUGACAUCGGGGGCGCUGGACCGCGAGCAGGCGUCGGAGCAUCGCGUGACGGUGGUGGCCCGGGACCGGGGCAGGCCGGCGCUGCGGAGCAGCAGGGAGCUGGUGCUGGAGGUGUCGGACGUGAACGACAACGCGCCGGUGUUCGAGGAGGCGGCGUACAGCGCGUACGUGGCGGAGAACAACGCGGCGGGCGCGCUGGUGCUGCGCGUGCAGGCGCGGGACGCGGACGCGGGCGCCAACGGGCGCGUGAGCUACUGGCUGGCGGGCGGCAGCGCGGGCGCGGCGGGCGCGGCGCCGCUGGUGUCGGUGGAGGCGCGGAGCGGCGCGCUGUACGCGCAGCGCUCCUUGGACUACGAGCAGUGCCGCGAGUUCACGGUGGCCGUGCGGGCGCAGGACGGCGGCUCGCCGGCGCGCAGCUCCACGGCCACGGUGCGCGUCUUCGUGCUGGACCGCAACGACAACGCGCCCAGGGUGCUCUGGCCCGCGCCGACGGCCGGGCCGGGAGAGGCUGCGGGAGGGUCGGCGGCGGCGCCUUUCGAGGUGGUUCCGCGCUCGGCCGAGGCCGGCUACCUGGUGGCCAAGGUGGUGGCGGUGGACGCGGACGCGGGGCGCAACGCGUGGCUGUCGUACGAGCUGGUGCAGGCGUCGGAGCCGGCGCUGUUCCGCGUGGGGCUGCACAGCGGCGAGGUGCGCACGGCGCGCGCCGUGGGCGAGCGGGACGCGGCCAAGCAGCGGCUGGUGGCCGUGGUGAAGGACCACGGGCAGCCGGCGCUGUCGGCCACGGCCACGCUGCACGUGGUGCUGGCCGAGAGCUUGCAGGAGGCGCUGCCGGAGCUGAGCGAGCGGCCGGCGGGCGCCGAGGCGGCGGCGGCCGAGCUGCAGUUCUACCUGGUGCUGGCGCUGGCGCUGCUGUCGGCGCUCUUGGUGCUGAGCGUGGCGCUGGCCGUGCUGGCGCGGCUGCGCCGGGCCGGGCCGCCCGCCGUGCUGCGCUGCCUGGGCGCGCAGCGCUUCUCGCUGGCCGGCGCCGCCUUCCCGGCCGACUUCUGCGAGGGCACCUUGCCCUACUCCUACAACCUAUGCGUGCCGCCGCCCGCCCGCGCCGUGCCCGAGGCCGCUUGGCCGCCGCCGCCGCCGGUGCCCAUCGUGUCGGCGGAGGAGCUUCUGGGCGGUGAUUCCUUGGAGAAGCCGACCUCCAACUGCAGUGCCGUCGCGGGAGAGCAGCCCGCCGAGGCCGAUGCACCGCAGGUCUUUGACUCUGUUUUACUCUUCAUGAUCUUUAUUUUUUACCCUGAAUUCCGCCUACGGAAUGCCUCUGCGUUUCUCCCGGUGGUGAUACCCUGGAGGAUGAAAGCAGAGAUGGGCAGGAGAAAUGCGGAGGCAGGAGAUCGGCGCUGGACGAAAAGCGACAUCUCGGUGGCGACCGUGCCCGGUAUGGAGCGAGGCAGGGCGGGCAGCGCCGGGCAGCGCUCGGUGCCUGCAGUGCCGGGAGGAGGCUGCGGGCGCCGCUGUUGA